GUAAAAUACCGUCCGAAAUGGUUCAAUGGGACUGGCAACACUGCUAUGGCUUGCAUUGGGGUCAUUUUGGGUAUUUGGAUGUGUUUUGGUCAAAAACCGAAAAAUAUUCUUAACUAUUAGCACCCUCAAAGCUAAUAAAUGCUAAUUUCACCGAUAGUCUGCUGAAUAAAGUGUUUCGCACUGCAUUGGGUAAUAAAAGUUUCAUAAAACCUUCAUACUUCUGGUGUUGAGUUGUACAAAACCACACUAUAAGAUGGAGGAUGGCAUGGACAUAGAGGAACAUGAUCUGUUGAACAACCCUACUGUGAGGAGCGUGUUUCCAGAUCUUGCCGUUCUCAAACAAGAAAUUAUUGAUUUUGAUACAAGUGAAGGUGUAGCACCAGAAACAUUUACAACGUCGCCGGAAGUAUCAAAGAUAAAUGAAAACAAAAAUCAACUACACAAUUUAACGGUCUACAAUGGGGAUCAUCCUACCGAGUGCUCCACUCAAGACCUGGAUGUGAAACCUGACCACCUGUGUACUGACAUGGAUGACACAAUAACUGUCAAGGGCAACAGUUUGACAGAAUUUGAUGAAGUUGAAACUGAAAUCAAGAAGGAAUCAGAGAAUGUUGUAGCAAAUGAAUUGCUAUAUUACAGGAACAGAAUUAUACUCGGCAAGAUACAAGUAGAUGAGUCUGACGAAGAACGAGAAAUUUAUGCACCAGCUGACUGUAAUAAUGUUGUAAACAACAAAACAAACAAUGAUCAAGAUUUGGCAGUGUCAAUAUACACUGAUGAAAAUAGAAGCAUGAGGAUAACUAAACAGUAUUAUGAAAUGGAAAAAUGUAUGCAAGCGAAAAUUAUUCUAACUAACUGUUAUACAACUCUAUUGAACCAUAACUGUUACUGUGCUCAGUGUGCAGUGUUGUUCCCCACCACUGAAGCGUAUAGUGAACAUUACACGAGCACACACACCGAGACCACUAACUCAACCAAAGCCUCGGCUUCUCUAGUAAUACGUAAAAAAAUAAUGUACCCACGUGAGCAGGCAUUUGUUUGUGACACCUGCGAGAAAACAUUCAGCAAUAGAAGUAGCUUGAUACAGCACAUGUUAAUUCACACUGGCGACAAGCCAUUCGAGUGUGACAUUUGCACGAAAUCAUUCUACCGAAGAAGUCAUUUGAAGAGCCACAAGUUAAUUCACACUGGAGAAAAACCAUUUCAGUGUGAAACUUGCAAGAAAACAUUCAGAUAUAUAUCGGCUUUACAACAACACAAAUUAAUUCACGCUGGGGAAAAGCCCUUUCAGUGUGACAUUUGCAAGAAAUCCUUCAAUCACAGAAGUGCUAUAAAAAGGCACAAGUUAAUUCACACUGGCGAAAAGCCAUUCCAGUGUGACAUUUGCACGAAAACAUUUUACCUAAGAUGUCAUUUGAAGAGCCACAAUUUAAUUCACACAGGAGAAAAACCAUUUGAGUGUGAAACUUGCAAGAAAACAUUCAGAUAUAUAUUGUCUUUAAAACAACACAAGUUAACUCACACUGGUGAAAAGCCAUUCCAGUGUGACAUUUGCACUAAAAAAUUUAGCCAAAGAUGUCAUUUGAAGAGCCAUAUUAAGUUAACUCACACUGGCGAAAAGCCAUUCCAGUGUGACAUUUGCACUAAAUCAUUCUACCGAAGAUGUCAUUUGAAGACCCACAAGUUAGUUCACACUGGCGAAAGGCCAUUCCAGUGUGACAUUUGCAAGAACACAUUUCACGUAAUAAGAAAUUUGAAGAGGCACAAGUUAGUACACACUGGGGAAAAGCCCUUCCAGUGUGACGUUUGCAAAAAAAAGUAUGGUUCAAGGAGUCAUUUGAUUCGCCACAUGAGCGUUCACACUGGCAAAAAGCCUUACGAAUGUGAUGUCUGUCAUAGAAGAUACCGAUACUCGGAUUCUCUGAAGCAUCACAAAAGUCUCAAACACUAAAAUUUUCUUCUUUACAUAACCGAUUAUGAUUUUAAGUUGAGAAAACAGGCCUAUUACAUAAGAACAAUUGAAAUUUCAAUAAUUAUGAUUGGUAGGUAAUUAAAAGCUUGGUGGCUUGGCUCAAAGGCUCUCUCUUGCUAUCGCAUUGUGGGUACGAUUGAGCCAGGUAGGUACAACUCGUGCUGGAUUAUUUAAUUAUAUUUUUUUAGUUUAUUAUUUUUAUGUUAUCAUUUAAAUAAUUUAUUGCACAAACUUACAUUUGUGCGUAGGCGAACUUAAUUCUAAAAGCAUUAUCUUCCAGUUAACCUUGGGCUUUGUGGAGAAAGUGAUAGGUAGUGUGAUAGACUGUGAGUUAAUUUUGUUUAAUAUCUAUAAACACUAGAAUAUAUACUUACUUAUACAUAAU